GGCACCAUGCUGACUAGUAUCACCGAGGGGAUACUGUGCUGCCUCACCGGGAAGGCGGCACGUCUCGUUCUGCCCCUGGAGUCCACAGCACCCUCCGACGGCUUUGAAUUCGUGGAGGUGAAACCCGGAAGAGUUCUGCGAGUCCGCCAUAUCGUCCCCGAGCGUCAGCCGGUUGGUAAGGAGGAGCGAGAGCAGAAGGACGGUGAAGACGCCGACGGUGGUGUCCACUGCAAGAGGAAGAUCACGGUCUACCGUAACGGUCAGCUAGUCAUUGAGAACCUCGGCGAUGUUUUGCACUCUGAGAUCCUCCAGUGUCAGGACGGUGAUCUGGAGCCGUGUAGUACUGUCGAGGUGGAGCUGGCCGACUACAAGGAAAUGGCCUCGUCCCCGGAUCCCAGACCAGUUCCGCCCGCUAUUCCUCCGCCUCCUGGCGAGCAAAAGCCUGCCCCACCUCCUCGCCGCCGCCGCCGGAAGCCCAAACGCACCGUGCUGAUCGACUCCCACAGAGUGAUCACCAGCUGCAAGGGCACGCACUCGGACGUGGCGCUGUUUUUUGUGCACGGCGUCGGAGGCUCCUCGGACAUAUGGAGCAGCCAACUGGACUUCUUCUCUCGGCUGGGCUACGAGGUCAUCGCACCGGACUUGGCGGGGCACGGAGCCAGCAGCGCCCCGCAGAUUGCCGCCGCCUACACUUUUUAUGCUCUGGCGGAGGACCUGCGUGCCAUCUUCAAGAGAUAUGCUCGGAAACGCAACAUUCUCAUCGGCCACUCGUACGGGGUGUCGUUUUGCACAUUCCUGGCCCACGAAUACCCUGACCUUGUCCACAAGGUGGUAAUGGUCAAUGGAGGAGGUCCCACAGCCUUGGAGCCCAGCCUCUGUUCCAUCUUUCAGCUGCCGUCAUGUGUCCUUCACUGCCUGUCUCCUUGUCUGGCCUGGAGCUUCCUCAAAGCCGGAUUCGCCCAUCAAGGUGCCAAAGAAAAGCAGCUGUUGAAGCAAGGCAACGCCUUCAACGUGUCGCCAUUCGUGCUGCGCGCCAUGAUGAGCGGGCAGUACUGGCCCGAGGGGGACGAGGUCUACCACGCCGAGCUCACCGUGCCCAUCCUUCUGGUUCACGGCAUGUGUGACAAGUUUGUGCCAAUGGAUGAAGACCAGCGCAUGGCAGAGAUCCUCCUGUUUGCCUUCUUAAAAGUCAUCGAGGAAGGAAGUCACAUGGUGAUGAUGGAGUGUCCCGACACGGUCAACACCCUCCUCCAUGAGUUCUUCCUCUGGGAGCCCGACUCGUCCAGGAAAGACAGCAAGAAGACGGAGGCGGCGGACAAGUCGCUAGCAGUCAGUGGCGCCUUCCACACGCUGAGAACCAGUAGGUCCUACGUGGACAAAUAGUUCCUUUUGGGGGCUUUGGAGCGGACGGGCAUUUUUCCAGGCACUUGUCAGAUGUUCUUCAGGCUGCUUCCCGGCUGAGAGCUGUUACAUUUGAAGGCCACGCGUCUCCAGGAUGGAGGCGGCCGCUGGUGCUCUGAGAUGGAGCUGGAACCCUGGCGCACUGCCAGCAGGGGAACAAUGGCGAGGAAGGCAACUGGUGCAAAUAACGAGGUUGGGCUUUUUUUUUGUUUUGUUCAAAACGUAUUUUUUGUGGACGGUUACAAGUCGUGAUGCAACAGUCAUGAAAUACGAAUAGUUUCUAUAGCCAACGGAAUGCUGACGAGGGCCGAGGUUACAUACGUGAAUGUUCUUCUAAGGACGUGACUCAGUGUUUAUUUCAUACGAAAGGAAUAACCCAAAUAUACACAAUAACUCCUACAGUAGGCUAUGUGUGACUGAUUGGACCACAUAUUGCCGAAGAACCAACAUAUAUCGUAAUAAUAACCACAUGGUCGCAUGAAGAUUUAGUCAUAACCAACAGGAGGUCUCACUGUAAAAAAAAAAAGACCUGCCUUUUACAGUAUUUUAUCCACAGUAAAAUGCACGGUUGCAUUACAACACAUCCGUCUUUAUAUUUCACAGCAAUGAACUGUUAUUUCACAGUGAAAUACUGUCUUCCAAGUCCUCUGUACCCAUGAAGGUUCUCACUCAUCCAGGUCCUUGUAGUCUCAGGGCGUUCAAUCAUCAUAACUGGACUGUUUGGUUGGUCUUGGAAGAUGUUUGGUCUCUCAUCCCAGUAGACUUCAUCAGUUCAUGUUCAUAGACUUAGAUUGGUCAGAUCGAGUCUUAGACUUAGAUUGGGUAGAUCUAGUCUUAGAUUUGGAUUGGUCAAAUCUCGUUUUAGACUUAGAUUGGUCAGAUCUACUCUUAGACUUUGGCCAGAUCUAGUCUUAGACUUAGAUUGGCCUGGUCUAGUCUUAGACUUAGCUUGGUCACAUCUAGUCUUAGACUUAGCUUGGUCACAUCUAGUCUUAGACUUAGAUUGGGCAGAUCUAGUCUUAGACUUAGAUUGGUCACAUCUAGACUUAAACUUAGAUUGGUCACAUUUAGCCUUAGACUUAGAUUGGUCACAUCUAGACUUAGACUUAGAUUGGUCACAUUUAGCCUUAGACUUAGAUUGGUCACAUCUAGACUUAGACUUAUAUUGGUCACAUUUAGUCUUAGACUUAGUUUGAUCAGAUCUAGUCUUAGAGUAAGAUUGGUCAGAUCUAGUCUUAGAGUUAGAUUGGUCACAUGUAGUCUUAGACUUAGAUUGGUCACAUCUAGACUUAGAGUUAGAUUGGUCACAUUUAGCCUUAGACUUAGAUUGGUCACAUCUAGACUUAGACUUAGAUUGGUCACAUUUAGUCUUAGACUUAGAUUGAUCAGAUCUAGUCUUAGAGUAAGAUUGGUCAGAUCUAGUCUUAGAGUUAGAUUGGUCACAUGUAGUCUUAGACUUAGAUUGGGCAGAUCUAGUCUUAGACUUAGAUUGGUCACAUCUAGACUUAGACUUAGAUUGGUCACAUUUAGUCUUAGAUUUAGAUUGGUCACAUUUAA